AUGGACCGUCUUAACAACGCACAGACAUUCAUUGCAACUUAUACACAGUACAAGGAAGAUACCAAGUACAUCGCAGGAUGGUUAGCUGAGGCAUCUCACUCUGUCGGCCACCAGCUUCAUGAAGCUCAAACUGGUCAUCCACGGUCAAAGGCGAAAGGCAGAAGCAACAAGGGGAAGAACAACAACCGCAAUGGAGGCAAGAGCGGCCGCGGCGGCAACAAAAAGUAUCUGAUCAAGGUGUCCGAUUUUGUUCCCAUGGCAGAGGCAAUCGCCAACAAUGAGGCAAAUGUACUGGUCCCAGUGACCAACUGGUUCAAAAGCAAGACUUUGGACGACAACAAUGACAGCAAUGAGCGCCAUCACUACUUCAUCACCGUACUAGAAGAUGCGUUUCGAUUGCUGCGACCAUUCAUCUCGCUUGGCCCAGAGGCCCACCGACCUGGCAAGCCAGGUGCUACGUCCGACGCGCUGCCCUUACAAAACCGCUUUGCCAACCUAACUGUAGAGGAUGUUGCUGAGAUUGCUGAGAAGGAGGGUGCUGAAGAAUCGAAGCUUCCAGACGUCUCGAAUGUUGUGUUUGAGCAAGACGAGGCCGAAAUGGAAGAGGAAUUAAAGUUCGCUGUCGGUUUGUUGCUCCAAGAACUGCAAACCAUGCGUGAUGCAGCAUGUGCACAGUGGGAGAAAUACAAGAAUGAUGAAGUCGAUUUGAUCGUAGCAGCAAUGACUACCGACAUGGCGAUCAAACUGGCCCAGAGAGCGGAGGCCGAAUUCGAUCUCGUGGUCAAGCGACCGAAGAGCUAUCCUACCGACUCGUUCCCAGCGUGGAAGUUGCUAGACGCUCUUGUGAAACCCUCUGAAAGCGAGGCAUCGCAGAGUAGUGACGACCAAGGGCCGAGUACCUUCUGGCCUACAUAUUCCGGUUUGAAAUACUACUUCGACAGGAUAAUGAAGUGGGAUCCCAAGAAGAAUCUCCCAGCCACCGUUGCCAAAGACUUUGGGGGCCGAAAAAUGCACGACUACACCCUCCGCGCCAUCGAGUACUCGCAAAUCAUCCUAAUCAUGAUAUUCGCUGAUCACCCUAAUGUCUGGGACAUGGUGUCGUCAGGUGUUGAGCAUAUGUUCAAGGCCCGCGAGCUCCCUAUAUGGGUCUCCUUCGCAGUCCAAACUCACCUUGCCUCGCAAGACAUCAUGGCCGAUAGAUGUGCCCACCCGUCUUUUGAAUUGGAAAACCAUCUCCAGAAGAUAAUCCGCCAGAACAACAAAAUGGUCGAGGAUUGGGAAAGCCCCUUCCUUCCAGAAGAAAUUUAUCAAGACUGUUUCUAUAACUUUGGAGAGGGUGUUCUGGACAUUCAAGAGUGGAGUUCGCAGGAUGGGUUCGAUAAGCAGUGGCAAGCCUUGUUGCUGAACAAACAGGUUGCUUCUCACCCGGUGUUGAAGCUUCUGCGGAAGGAGAAGAACUACUAUAUGCGUCACCACCCGCUUCUUUGUGGAAUGAUGAAGUAUGAAAUGUAUCUGAAGAAGCAGGCGGCAGGUAUGAAACUCGAGCAUCAGUCCCUUGCCAUAUCCAUGAUGGCCCACAUCUACGUUAACGGUCGCCUGCAGUUUGGUGACCAUGUCCCGGUCUGGCCAGACAUGGAGCUCAUCAUCUACGCACAAGACCCGGGAUGGCUUUUUGUGGGGGGACGUCCUAAGACCACCGAAGAAGCUCGGAAGAAGCUCUUCUUAGCAUCUGGCUCGUCUGCCGCCAACUCUGCGCGCGACAUUCCGCUCCAUCGCCUCAAGAUCAACCAAAAUAAACUGCGAGAGUUUAGGGAUACAAUGAUGUUCGGCUCCGGUGUCUAUCUACCACGCGACAAGUUCAGUAAAUCAAGGGUCAACGUUUGCACGGUUCAUGCGGAAGAUCUCGUGAAACGCCUUGAGGACACUGUUAACACUGCGCAGCCCUGGGGUCGGCUGGCGAGACAGUUGAUAAUAUCACGUUCGGAGCAAGCCCAGAAUGGAGCAACGAAAGGCGAGUCAAAAUCCCUUCGAGCGACGUCUCGCACAAUACUCGAAAGUUACGCACAAUGGUUGCAAGCGGAUAUGGUUGACCUCUACUUCGACUGGUUGGAGAUGGGCUUUACUUGCGGAGAGAUAUGGGCCGAUAUGCGCCGCGACCUGGAACGUCUGCCUACCUGGGAUCCAACAUCAUUCGUGAUGAAGCCUGCCCUAGAGCCUACUAUUGACAUCCUCACUCGUGACAGAGAGUAUCCAAGGUGCUUGAAAAUUGCUUACGGAAAGAUAAGACUAGCUUUUAAUGCGAAUCCACCUUCACACUUCGAGAGCCUAGACCCCGACACCUGUCUCGUUGCCUUGGGCAAGUAUCACCGAGCUACCGCUGCCAUGCUGGAAGCUCCGGGGCCUCUAAAUCUGUCAAAUCUAUAUGAGCAUUGGCAGGAGGAGGAUUGGAAACCUCGGUGGGAAGAAAUGAAGAGUAAACCUGCAAAUCAGUUGCACGAUAUUUUCCUAGAAUCGUUCGUCAGUUCGUUAAAUCGAAAGCACAAGGGCGCCGAAAAAGGGGUGGCCGCUGAUCCUCUUCAGGCGUAUAUGGAACACUUAAUGAAGGGUGUCAGUGAGCUAGACCACGUGCCCGACGGGCCUUUGGCAGAACUGGCAGAAUUGAUGGAGCCAGUAGAUUAA